CUUAUCUCUCUCUGUAACUCCCUUACAGGAGGGUGCACCUGGGUGGCGGUCGGGCUCUGUUCCCAGGUAACAAGCGAUAAGACAAGAAGACAUAGUCUUAAGCUGUGCUAGGGGAGGUUCAGGUUCGACAUCUAGAGGAAUGUCUUCACAGAAGGGUUGAUUAGACAUUGGAAGAGCCUGCCUAGGGAGGUGGUGGAGUUCCAGUCUCUGGAGGUGUUCAAGGAACGACUGGACGUGGCACUUAGUGCCAUGGUGUGAUUGACAAGGUGGUAUUUGGUCAUAGGUUGGGCUCAGCGAUCUUGGCGGUCUUUUCCAACCUAACGGAUUCAGUGAUUUUGUCUGCGGGAUAUUCGCACGGAGCCCGGAGCGUUGCGGGCAGAGCGACCCCGGCAGUGGUGCCUGGUUCACCCUGGCCGCGGCCGAGGCGAAGCGGCUGCAGCGGCGCCGAGGAGAGAAAGAGGGCCUGGCUCCGAAGGCUCCGUGUGCCGGGGUCCCAGGGCGUAUUUUCACGCUUGUCUUGCCCUGCUCUGUGAUGGUAACAAGUGAGAGGACGGUGGAGCACGGGCAGGUUGUAGUUAAUAAGUUACUUAUUAAAGCUAGUCAGUCCAGGAUUUAAAGUUGUUUCAAGUUAGGCUUUAGGACAUUGUCUUUUACUAUUGUGCUUGGAAGUGUUCCUUCAAGCACCAGCCUCAGCUGUGUUGUGGUACUUCCUGUUGCUUCUUGUUCCCACUGCAUCCCACUGCUGCUGUGCAACUCAGCAAAGCUCAGCCUCCCCUGCUGCUCCCUGUGGGCUGGGGGAUCAGCCCACAGCUCAGGGGGGGAUGUUCUGGGCUGUAGAUGCACGUUUCUGUUGAGCUUCUCAUCCACCGACAUCCCCAAGUCCUUCCCAGAGCUGUGGGGAGCUUCCAUUCUGUGUCUGUCCUCUGUUGUGGCUUUCAGGAUUUGGGCACAUGAAGCAUGUGUGAUGUUUUUUCUUUGCUAGGGCUACUUUAGCAGUUCUGAAUCUAAAUGAGCUAUAAUGUAUACCAGCUGUUUAAAAUCAAUCAAAGCCUAAUUUUUCUCACAUGAUCAGUCCCUGAUGAGCUUUUCUCUAUUAGCUCUGUGAUACCAUUUCAACUUGCAGUGAGGACUAAAUAUUCUUUUUCCUAACUCUCAGAAUACUUGCAGGUGGUGUUUCCAGUGGGAGUAUGUAGGUUGGCUGUAUUUUCACUUUUUGUUUUUAAUAAAGCCAGGAGAGCAGGACUUGGUUUUCAUGAUGGAAGUACUCGGACAACUAACUUCAUUUUUCCUCUGAAGUUAUAAAUGUUUUGUGGCUGACCUGGUGGGUGAUGAAAACUGUUGUGAAGUUAGGGAGUUAGGAAAUAUUGUUUUAUAUAUCUGCCUCUUAACAUUAAUUUCUUUAGAGCAAGGAAUGCCAGCCCUGUGUAUAGGGGCAAAGGGGAGCACAAUGCUGGUGGUCUCUGCCUCCAGCCCCAUAGUAGUAAGUGUGUUUACAUAUCCUGGUAACCAGAGAGACAGUGAAUAAAAGUAGUUCAGGUAUCAGUUAAUUAGUUCAGCAAGUUCUGUUCACAGUAGAUUUUUUUGGGUGAGCUCAACUGGCUGCCUGCAUUCUGCAUCAACAUGCCUAUAGUGCCACAGUAUGCUCAGCUUGGCCAAAUUAAGAUCAUUUUUCAUCAUCCAUAAUCAAUUUGGCAUGUGUGUUCUGUUUUAUUUACUUAAGAGAUGAGUACCACGUAAGCUCAAAAUGAAUGUUGAGAUGGUAUUUUCUACAAUACCAGAUGAAUCUCUAAAGUACAAAUUUUGCAUGUUUGCUCUUUAUUCUGCACAGCUUGGGCCUCCCGUUUACAAUGCAAAGGCUGCUUAAAGGAUGGGUUCUUUGGUUUUGGCUUUUCCAGACCAAGGGAAUUGCAUCUGGUUCUCCAGGACAGCAGGAAUCUUAGCUGUGUAAUUGAAUGAUCUCUAAACAGGGAAAAUCAGCUAAUGUAUUUCAUUCUGUAUUUUGUGAUUCAUUGGUCUGUUUGAAAAAGAAAAGCAUCAGUAACAGAAUGUAGAUAUAAAUGUUAGAACCACUGUAAAUAUCAACUGUAUCCAACUCCUUGAAAGAGGACUUAAUUGUAAUGAAAACUUUGUUGUAGUCCAGAUCUGAGUAAUAAUAGAAAAAUACUUUACUGUGCUUUCUAAAUUAAAAUCUUAAUUUCUAACUCAGUAAUUAGACAGUAGGGUUCUGGAGGGGAUAGCUGGAUGUUAGCACAUCCUCAUGACCCAGGCCCAUGUCUGUCAGUGUUUAAGAGGAAUUUGGACAGUGUCCUGAAUAAUUUUAACUUUUGGUCAGUCCUGAUGUGGUCAGGCAGGUAGACUAGAAGGCUAUUGUAGGUUCCCUACCUAGCUAAAGUAUUUUAUUGUAUUAUUCCUAAAAGCCUUAGAAAAGCCGAGUUUCAGCUUUCUUUGCGUAUUUAUCUUGCGUCCAAGAUCUAUGUCAGUGCCUGCUAGCUGUGCCUGACACACAGGUUGAUCUGGCUCAGAACCCAUGGCCUAGUUUUGCUCAUCAGCGGAGUAUCUUGAGGGGUGCGUUGUUACCUUCCACAUCCAUUGUCUCCUUCCUCCAUCUGUUGCCCACCAGUUCCUUGGAAACAGCAUGGCAUAGUACUUCCCGCUCUGGUUAAUCGCACUGCUCCAAGAUCAGACUGCUCAGCACUGCCUGAGUGCCUGCAUGUUUGAAAAAUCCAGGAAAGUCUGCUGCUGGGAUUUGGGAUCGUAUCUCCCUCCACCUGUCUAUGCCAGGCUCCUGUGGAUGCCCAGAGGCUGAGGCUGAGCUGGGUUCAGGGGAAUCUGGGCAGCUGGAGAGUAUCUGGAGCAUUCUGCCCCCUGAGGUGGGAAGCCUGCUGAAGAGCAGCUGAUACUUGGUUGGUUUUGUGUUUUUCCUAGUGUUUAGGGCUGGCUUAAUUACCACUUGUACUGAGGAAGCAGAGCUGCAGAAGAGUUCUGCAACUGGCUGCAGUUGUUCUCUUCUCCAGGUUCUCUUGAUUCUUUUUUUUUUUUAAUUGUUUCCAAACCCACACUGCUCUAUCUGUAUAAUUUGCAUCUUGGUGUAAUUAAAAGAAUACAUUAACAACUGCCUGACUUGCCAGGACACCCAGGAUUUUAAUAAUUCAUUGCUAGAACGGAAUCUUUACGCUGAAUGUGAGUGAAAGUUAACUAUAGCUAUACUGUAGUCUGUCAGUUGUCAGUCCAUGUUGUCUCUUAGUAGGUUUUGUGCUUACAGAUCAAAAAUAGUCUGCCAGAGCUCAAGGAGUGUUUGGAUAACGCUCUUAAGCACAUGGUAGAAUUUCAGGGUUGAUCUGUUCUGGACCAGGAGUUGGACUUAAUGAUUUUUGUAGGAUCAAGCUUGGCCCUCUGUGUUUGGAGUCAAGCACAGGCCCAAAGCUAUUGCAGGAACAGAGGUCUAGGUGCUGUGGCUUGUCCAAAUCUGGUUGUCAAUGGGAAUAUUUUGAACUAUACUCAUUUACAUUAUAAUAUUAAUUUUAAUAGAUAAAUGUAGUUUUGGUUGCAAAGUGUGGUUUUGUCUCCUGCGUCAGCAUAGCUGCUGCCUGCGUGGUAAUCUUAAAACUAACUAUAAUAAAUACAUACAAUGUUACUGCAACAAUGAUGAAAGAAUGAGUGAUACAGGACCAUACCAGCGCAGUUCAUAGGGAGGGGAACAGCUUUGCUGAAACUAGCUUGUUGUAGCUCUCUCCUUGACAUCAGAAUUGGAAAUGGGGAGGGAAGCGUGGUGCCUUGAUGCCAGACUAGAACAACUAGCUAGCAUAGAAUAUCUUGAGCUAGAAGAGACUCACAAGAAUCAUUGAGUCCAACUCCUGGCCCUGCAUAGGACACCCCAAGAACAUUGUCCAAAUGCUCCUUGAGCUCUGGCAGCCUUGGUGCCUUGACUGCUCCCCUGGGGAGCCUGUUCAGUGUCUGACCAGUCACUUUCCAGUCAUCAACCAGUCACUGACCAGUCUUUUCCUGAUAUCCGACCUAAUCCUCCUCUGACACAGCUCCAGCAGUUCCUUUGGGUCACUGCUCAGAGAGAGCAGAGAUCAGAGCUGCCACUUGUGAGGAAGCUGCAGACCCUGGUGAGUCCUGACCUCUUCAUAUCCAUGCUAAACAAGCUGCAUGACCUCAGCUACUCCUUCUAUGGCCCCUUUUGACCCUUCACCAUCUUCAUAGCUCAGAGACAUCAGCCGUGGCCAGUUAUUCCUGCACUCACCUACAGAUUUCUGACUGUGGUGAGGGCACCAGUCUUAUUCUGCAAGCAUAGUGGCAGUGUCAGGUCUGUUCAGACACAACAACUCAGGCUUUUGGCAUGAGCUUUGGGAGAUUCACCUCUGUGCUGCACUUGUGCCAGCAAAAUGUCACACAGGGAUUUAAGUCAUAAUAAUUUAUUAUCAUCCAACUGGAGCAUUGAUUUGUCUGUCCAUACUCUCCAAGAAGUGAAAAUGAAUUACAAUGAGCUAAGUGAAAUUCCGUAUUUUGGAGAAACAACUUCCAAUAUAACUCUUCUCUCAUUGGUGCACAAUACCAUUCCAGAAAUAAAUGCUGAGCAACUCCAGGUCUACCUUUCAUUGGAAAAUUUAGAUCUUAGUUCUAAUCUUAUCUCAGAAAUCAAAGCCUCUUCCUUUCCACGAAUGCAACUGAAGUACCUGAAUCUGAGUAACAACAGAAUAACUACUCUAGAAGCAGGUUGCCUUGAUAACUUAUCUAGCUCACUAAUGGUGAUAAAACUGAACAGAAAUAGGAUUAGUAUGAUUCCACCAAAGAUCUUCAGAUUGCCUCAUGUGCAGUUUCUGGAACUGAAAAGGAACCGGAUUAAGAUAGUGGAAAGUCUUACAUUCCAAGGAUUGGAAUCCUUAAAAUCCUUGAAGAUGCAGCGCAAUGGGAUAAGCAGACUAAUGGAUGGAGCCUUCUUUGGCCUGGGUAAUAUCGAGGAAUUAGAACUGGAACAUAAUAACUUAACAGAAGUAAACAAGGGCUGGCUGUAUGGGCUGCGGACGUUGCAACAACUCUAUGUUAGCCAGAAUGCCAUCACCAGGAUCAGCCCAGAUGCAUGGGAAUUCUGCCAAAGACUUGCUGAGCUAGACUUGUCAUACAAUCAGCUCACUCGCCUCAAGGAAUCUGCCUUUGUGGGACUUGGCUUUUUGGAGAAGCUAAACCUGGGGGACAAUCACAUUAAUCACAUUGCUGAUGGUGUUUUUAGAGGUCUGACAAAUCUUCAAACCUUGGACUUGCGGAACAAUGAGAUCUCCUGGGCCAUAGAAGAUGCAAAUGAAGCUUUUGUGGGACUCACCAGGCUGGAUAAAUUAAUCUUGCAAGGAAACCAAAUUAAGACAAUUACCAAAAAAGCAUUCUCUGGUCUUGAAGGACUUGAAUAUCUAGAUUUAAGCAACAAUGCAAUAAUGUCCAUCCAAGAAAAUGCCUUUGCCCAGGCUCAGCUGAAGGAGCUAGUGCUGAACACAAGCAGUUUGCUUUGUGACUGCCAGUUGAAAUGGCUGCCCCAGUGGCUCAGUGAGAGCCAUUUGCUGCAGGCUGUCAGUGUCAGCUGCGCUCACCCUGAGUGGUUGGCAGGACAAAGCCUUCUCAGUGUGGACCCUGAUGACUUUGUUUGUGAUAAUUUCCCUAAACCGCAGAUCAGAGUCCACCCAGAGACCACAGUGGCCUUGCGAGGCACAAAUGUGACCCUGAUGUGCGCUGCUGUGAGCAGUAGUGACUCACCCAUGGCCACGGCCUGGCGCAAAGACAGCGAGGUCCUCUAUGAUGCAGAGGUGGAGAAUUUUGCCAGGUACCGGCAGCAAAGUGGGGAGGUGCUGGAAUACACCACUGUCCUGCACCUCUUCAAUGUGAAUUUCACUGAUGAAGGGAAGUACCAGUGCAUUGUCACCAACCACUUUGGCUCCAAUUAUUCCAACAAAGCCAAGCUGACUGUUAAUGAGCUCCCUUCUUUCCUGAAAACUCCCAUGGAUCUCACUAUCCGCACUGGGGCAAUGGCCCGUCUGGAGUGUGCUGCCGAGGGCCACCCCCCACCACAGAUCUCCUGGCAGAAAGAUGGUGGGACAGACUUCCCUGCUGCGAGAGAGAGGAGGAUGCACGUCAUGCCAGAGGACGAUGUGUUCUUCAUUGCAAACGUGAAGAUGGAAGACAUGGGGAUCUACAGCUGCAUGGCCCAGAACAUCGCAGGGGGACUUUCAGCCAAUGCUACCCUGACUGUGCUGGAAACUCCUUCCUUCAUGAGGCCCCUGGAAGACAGGACAGUGACCCGAGGUGAAACUGCUGUCCUGCAGUGCAUAGCUGGUGGCAGUCCUGCCCCUCGCCUCAACUGGACCAAGGACGAUGGUCCCUUGACAGUCACCGAGCGGCAUUUCUUCGCUGCAGCAAAUCAGCUCCUCAUCAUAGUGGAUGCAGGACUGGAGGAUGCUGGGAAGUACACGUGCAUCAUGUCCAACACACUGGGCACUGAGCGUGGCCAUAUUUAUCUAAAUGUCCUGGCUUCCCCCAACUGUGAUUCUUCUCAGAGUGCCAUUGUCAAUGAGGAGGACGGCUGGACAACAGUCGGGAUCGUGAUUAUCGUUGUCGUGUGUUGUGUGGUGGGAACGUCCUUGGUGUGGGUUAUUGUCAUCUACCACAUGAGGAGGAAGAACGAAGAUUACAGCAUCACUAACACAGAGGAGAUGAACCUACCUGCUGACAUUCCCAGCUACCUGUCCUCCCAAGGGACACUGUCUGAGCCUCAGGAAGGCUACAGUAACUUGGAGGCAGGGAGCCAUCAGCAGCUGAUGCCUCCAGCUGGCAGCUACAUGCACAAAGGCACAGAUGGUGGUGCAGCACCGUUAGUGAUCUGCUCAGAUUGUUAUGACAAUGCUAACAUCUACUCCCGCACCCGAGAGUACUGUCCCUAUGCCUUCAUCACCGAGGAGGACCCCCUGGAUCAAGCACUCCCAAAUCUCAUGGUGCAGAUGCCCAAGGAAACAUACACAGUGUGCACCCAGAAUGAAACCAGUGCUCUGGGUAGUCUCUUAGCAGACAGAGAUGUGCCUGUCUUCUGUACCAACCGUGACAAAAAAUGUGAUAAGAAAAUAUAUUCGCAGCAGAUUAUUGAGCCCUUCCAGGUUCCUCUGUGGGGAGGCAGCAAAGACCUGGCUUGCUCUCACCCGCAAUUCCUGCACCACCCAUUGGCCCACGAGCCCCCACAGCCACUCCGGAACGACGGUAUCGCCAACGGUGACCGGGCCCAGGCAUCACCCACACCCUGCCACCAGCUACGGGAGGAGAAUUUUGAUUUUAGCAGGACACAGAACAUUCAUGACCACAGUGAAACCACAUUAAAUGCUCACAAAGCCUUGUAAGCAAAUCCAGAUUGACUGAUUAUUUACUACCUCAGGACUAACCCCAAAGCCAAAGAUGCUCAUGUAUGUGUCUGCAACAGUCAGACUCUCUUGGAGGAGGUGGCACAUGCCCUUUUUUCUGCAAUUUCUCCAUUGGAAAAUGGGAAUGUGCACCAGAGAACACGUGGAUAAUUAGUGCCAUCUACAAAAAUAGCUUUAAAACACGGAUUGUGUGGUGCUGGAAGCAGCCUUUGUGGUGUGCAUGCUUUGGAAAGCUCUCAAGAACACGUGUAGCUAUUUCACAGUGCUUCGUCUGCUUGGAAACAAACCAUCAGGGCCUCCUCAUGGAAUUCCCACGGAACUGUAAGCAUAAAACUCUUGGCCAGCUUUUCCUUCCUUAGACUGUUGGCAGGUCUCUGUGGCCAGUCUAAAUUUAGGGCUUGUUUUCUUCUAUGAAUAAUAGGCUCUAGUUGUAAAUAAAUUCAUGUUUAUAAAUAUUUUGUAUACAUUAAGCGUAUAAAUGUGUUGGCUGUAAUGUAAAUUAUUUUUCAUUAUGCCAAAGUAUGUAUCAUACUGUUAGUCUUGACAGCCGCAUAUCAAGCCAUAUGGGGGGCCUAGGGGGACCAAAAGCUUGUUUGUGAGGGAAUAGAGCUGUCUUCAUUUUGAAAAGAAGUGCAUUUACUUAUAGAUAUGUGGUAGAAUUUUGUGAUAUUGAUGAAUUUCAUUGUUACCUACAACUGUGUACCUGGCUGACCUGGCUGCAAGCUGAUCCAUUUCAUGAUAUUAGCAGAAUUUCAAGGUUUAUCUAAGCUUUUAUCUAUAAAAAACCCCUUCGUAUUGUGUCUGUUGAGAGGGUCUCCAUAUGUUUCCUAGCUGACAGUUAAGUGAACUUUUUAAAAGAAUGUGGUGAUGAAAAGCGUGAGGUAAAAUGAGAGAGCACUUGAUAAAUACUUCUUCUGCAUAGCCAAAGGCAUAUGGAGUUUAAAACACUGGUCCUUUUCUGUUGUAAAAUACCAGGUUUAAAUUGUUGAACUAAUUGUUCCUUUAAACCUUAAUGUGGUCAAAAUGUUUAAAUAUUUGACGGGUGAGAAAUGAUACAAUGCAGGGAACCCCUCGCUAUGGAAAAAUCUUGCUGAGACAGAGGAAGCUCAGACUUGAUAGUUCCAGUGAGACGUGCCUGACAAAAUGAGGAAGAACAAUGACAUAUAAAGACUUCCUGAAAAGUUCCUCUUUUGGAAAAUGCUCUUUUUUGUAGAAGGUGUUAAAAGACUCUUCUGGAAUGGGUUUUCAGCAGGUACAUUGUGCACUAUGGUCAUGCCUUUAGUGUGAGGUGCUUCCUUCCUGGUCACUGCUGCCUGCUCUGGAGCUGUAGGAUUUGUACCAAAAUAAAACCAUCUGUGUGAUAUUUUUAGAAAGACAGAAAAUGUUUUGGCCCAGCUCAGUUCUAGGUAUGUGAGAAUUCCCAUUAAUCCAUUCCUGGACUGAAGGGUUUCUGACUUAAUUGUCAGGUCUGGUCGUGAAUCACAGCUGAACUUAGACACUGUGGUGAAGGAUUCUGAGUAAAUGAGUGGGGAAACACUGGAAUAAUGAUGUUUUUCCCGUGGCUCUUUGGACAGGAAUAAUAGUCAAAUCUUUGCAAAUGAGUAAAUAUUUUCAAGGGCUCUUCCCAUGCUCUCAAAGCCAGCAUGGCUGCUUUGGUAGCCAGCAGCUUAGUGGGAAGGAGAUCAAAUUGUCCUUGGCCUUUGGGUAAAAUAGAGAGAAACAUAGGUGUGUAAAUUUUUGCAUUCUGACAGGUGAAAUGUUUAAAAAAAAAAAAAAGAGAAUCUUAAGUUCAUUUCUUUCUGAUUUUAUUUCCUCCAGACUUUUCCUUCCCAUACAGCAUUUAAGGCACAGUGCUUAUUCUGAAUCCAAAGUGAUCCCUGCUGCAGGGACCCAGCACUGUCAGUUUAAAUCCAGAUGAAAAAGGUCAUGCCAUGAAACUACUGCAGCAGCAGCAAAGCCUUAUCCUUUUGGGCUGCUCUCUCAGCCAGUCACUCAAGCUACUGGGACAGGUCGCUGCUGGCACGUGUGAUUCCCGGGAGUGGGAAAACAGCAUUCCUGCUGCUGCUGCUCUCUCAUCACCAUUUGGCAAAUUCUGGUUCCUAUAUCUUUGAUUCCUCUCUCUCUCUCUGUAGGAGCUAAACUUACACAGAUCUGUCAUGGUGUGCAGCUGGCAUUGUGUUCAGACGCUGGGAGUACUUGGGGUGCAACUCCCUGGAGCAAGGGAAUUCCCUUUAGGUAGAUGAGAGCUGCUUGGCCCAGACCAGAGCUUUGGAAUCACUGCUGUCUGCACCAGGACUGUGCUGGCUGUCAGAGAGUGCAGCUAAAGCUGCUCUGAUUUCUGUGAGAGAGUAGCCUAUAAAAGCUGAAUCCUGAAUUAAGACAUUUACAUCCUGCCAUGAGCAUUUAAACUCCAUAAGCUGGUUGUAAAUAGCGGAUGCUUGUAAGAAGGUGCCACUUUGCUGCACUGUGGAAAAACUUAUUUGGUAGACUUGGAGGAGAAAAUCAUGUGCAUCUUCUUUCUCCUUUGCAGAGGGGAUAGAGUGGCCUUUCUUUUUUCAGUAAAAACAAGCAAUUGCCCCAGUCAGUGCCAAAGCACUACCAGUACAGGAACUGAGGGGUCAGAAGCAGCAAGAGCAAAGCUGCUUCUGUUCCCUCUUGCUAUUUCUAUUGUCUAUUUAUAUUUUUUUCACAUCAGAAUGUAUAUUUUGUAUAGCAUAUGUAAUAUAUGUUUGUCCAUUGUAACAUAUGUCCAAACAAUAAAAUGCUGUAUACAUUGAGCAUUCAGUGUAACUCUGUUAGUUUGCAAAUCAAAUAAUUAUAUUUUGUCCUAUGAUAUUUAAUUUUCAUAGGGAAAAAAUAAAUUUUGCCAACUGGA